GGUCUCUGGUGUGAGAGAGAGUGAAAACGAAAGUGGGUGACGUCAGCGCAGGGCCGCCAUUUUGGCAGGAAGAAGAGAAGGAAGGAGGAAGGUUUCCUGAGGGAAGGAAGAGAGGGAAGCUGCAUCCGGUUUCCUGCUGGUCCUCUGCAGCCAUGAAGGCGGCUCUACUUCUCUGGCCUCUCCUCCUCCUCUCCUCCUCAGGGAAGAAGGUCCGGUGGUGUACUUUGUCGGACGCGGAGCAGCGGAAGUGCUCGGAAUUGUCCCGGGCGUUGCUGUCCGCCUCGGCCCCGUCCGCCCUCAGCGCCUUCACUCGGAUGUCCUGCAUUCGAGUUCACAACACUCGCGAUUGUAUCGACAAGAUCAGGGCAAAUAAGGCGGAUGUGGCCUCGUUGGACGCCGGAGAUGUUUAUUCCGCCGUCAAAGUUUAUGGAUUGACCGUUGUGGCAAAGGAAGUUUACCCAGAAGGGAGCUGCGUCUUCUCUGUGGUAGUCGCCCGCAAAGGGACCCUCGACAUCAAGGGCCUGAAAGGGUCACGGAGUUGCCACAGCGGGGCAAGAUGGACGUCCGGCUGGAGCCUCCCUUUGGGCUUCCUGUUGUCCCAGAACGACCUCCUUUGGGACAAAGGCCGACCCCUAAGUCACGCGGUUUCCGAAUACUUCAACGCCAGUUGCGUCCCCGGUGUCGGCCUUUCUUCCCCUGCCCUUUGCGCCCUUUGCCAAGGUCAGAGGUCAUACCUCCGGGACAGGAACUACUUCUGCGAAACCAGUGGUGGUGAACCGUUUUUCGACUCCGAGGGGGCCUUCAGGUGCUUGAGGAGCGGAAUCGGAGAGGUGGCUUUCGUGGAUCACCUGGCGGUCCUGAAUGCCACAGAAUCAGACCUAGACGAAUACGAGCUCUUGUGUCCCGAUGGGUCCACUGCCCCCUUAAUGGCCUCUGCGACCUGUCACCUCGGCCGUGGCCCAGGAAGGGCCCUCCUGACCCGGAAGGACUUCCGGAAGGUGGCCGGGAGAUUCAUCACUCUGGCCCAGCAACUCUUUGGAGCGGAAGGGGAGGAGAAGGCCAGGUUCGAACUCUUCUCCUCGGCCCCCUUCAGAGGGAAGGACCUACUUUUCCGAGACGCCACUCAACGCUUGCGAUUGGUCGGAGGCGAGGAGGAAGAGGAGGACGUCACCCAAGUCCUGGGCCUGGACUAUGUCUCCCUUUUGCAAGGCUUGGGCCACGAAGGGCCUUCUCUGUCCGAAAGCCUGGUCCGUUGGUGCUGCAUCAGCGACGCCGAACUCCACAAAUGCGAAGAAUGGGCCCUGAAUGUCCAUUCCGACCCUUUGGUUUGCAUCCAGGCCGACUCCAUGUCCGGCUGCAUCGAGCGGAUCAAGAAAAACGAAGCAGACGCUGUUAGGCUAGACGCAACACAUUCGUACUUUGCUGAUGUCUGCAGAUUGGUUCCGGUUGCGGUCGAAGAUUAUGGCCCGACCUUCGCAGUGGCGCUGGCCAGAGAGAAGGGCUUUGGGCCCCGGGGCCUGCGGGGUCUGCGGGGCCGGCGAUCCUGCCACGGCUAUGAGUUCAGCCCCGCCGGGUGGGUGCUCCCCUCCCGCCACAUCUUUCCAGACGUUUCCGGAAAUGGGACCAGCAGCCCUUGCGACCUCAGCGCCGCAUACCAAGACUUCUUCUGGAAGGGCUGCAUGCCGGGACAAGAUGGCGGCCCGCUUUGCCGAGUCUGCCUUGGGGCGGAGGCAGAAGGGGUGGGCAAAGGCCCCUCCCACUGUGCCGCCAAUCACGGGGAGCGUUACUACGGCAACCGGGGAGCCCUCAGGUGUCUUUUCGGGGGUCCCGAUGGGAGGCAUUACGGAGACGUGGCCUUUGUGGAGCAUCACGAUCUGCUCCAAAACAUCGAACAUGAAAGGCGUCAUUCCGCCCUGUCUAGCUUCAUCCUCCUUUGUCCAGACGGGAAGCAGGCGGCCAUCUUGGAUGGGGUGCAAUGCAACCUGGGACGCGUCCCGCCCGGGAUCAUCGUUUCCCGGCCUGUUGCUUCAACGAAAAUUCACAGAUUCCUCCAAAAAUUUCAGGAUUUAGGCACCAGCUUUCAACUCUUUCAAUCUCAAAACUAUGGAGGAAGCGACCUUCUUUUUAAAGACAAUACAAAAAGGCUCCUUUCUGCCGUUAAUGGUAAUUUCAGAGCUAUUAUCGGAGAGCCAUUUUUCAAAAUGGCCGAAUCCAUCUUCAACUGCACAAAGGCAGGUAUUUUGGAUUUCUGCAAACGAGAAUCUUGUGCCGAUCCAUCAAGACACUAAAAAGAAUAAUAUUUGAUUUUAAAAUAUAUUUGUAUUGAUUUCCUUUUUUUAAAAAAGCUAUUGGGUGACCUUAGAAGUCACACUCUCUCAGCCUCAAUUCCUUGUGUUUUAUAUCAUCUACCCCACUCUGUUUUUUAAUUUUAUAAUUUUGAUUAAAAAACUUAAAUGCAAAAUAUGUACUUACCUUCAUGUUGCUCUGGUUCACUUCAUGUUUGUCUUUCUCUUAUUCUCUUUGAUAUCAUUUUAUUGUCGUUUUCUGGUUUCAAGCUACAAUACGACCAUAAAUAAGUAAAGAUACGUCCCAAA